AUGUUAAUACUUCUGCUUUUUUGUGGACUUGGCAGUGUUCUUUCCAAUUAUACAGUAGGAUGAAAGGAUUACUUUAACGGUUGUCAAAUCUUUUGCAGCCGGAUUGGAAAUCCUUGGAUUCCCGACCAUUACCAUCUUGGUAUGACGAUUCCAAGCUAGGGAUAUUUGUUCAUUGGGGAGUCUUCUCGGUCCCAGCUUUCAAGAGUGAAUGGAUUUGGUGGUUUUGGAAGCAGGGCUACAGUGAUGUGGUCAAUUUUAUGAACAAAAACUUCCCUGGCCAAAGCUACGCUGAUUUGGGAUCAAAAGUGGGACAAAAUGGAUCUUAUUUGACUAUUUUGUUUAGUUUACAGCCGCUGAUUUCAACGCAGAUUCGUUUCUGAGCAUCGUCAAAUCGUCAGGAGCCAAGUAAACUGAAAUUCCAGAUGAAAAACCUUUUAGGUACAUCGUGGUGACCACCAAACAUCACGAGGGAUAUACUCUCUGGCCAUCAGAAACCUCCUUUAAUUGGAAUUCUGUGGAUCUUGGGCCCCACCGUGAUCUGGUUCGGGAAUUUAGGGAUUCCACUCUGAAACAAGGUCUUCAUUUUGGCACUUACUUCUCGCAAUUCGACUGGUUCCACCCAUUAUAUUUAAAGGACAAUGCCAACAAAACAAGGGAAUACCCAGAGAAAGUGUCUUUAGUCCAGAUGAGAGAGCUGAUCAAUAAUUAUAAACCUGAGGUCCUCUGGAGUGAUGGCGAUUGGGAAAAAAGUGAUGAUUACUGGGGCGCUAAGGAAUUUCUGGCAUGGGUGUUUAAUGAUAGGUCGGUUGAUCAGAAAGAAAGUUCCAGCGGAAGAGUCCGUAUAACGAACUUUUAUACAGCAAAACCUCUGUAUAGCGAACAACUUCAAAGUUCACAAUCAUUGCCAAAACAGUACAACGAAACCCUUCUAUAACGAGGAAUUGUUUGGUUCCUUGCGAGUCGUUGUACAGAGCUCUGGCUUUGUGUUUACAAGGUCAUACAAAUGGGAUAUUUUAUAAAAUUUGGCCCAAAUGAUGUAAUUUUAGUCCAGUCAAAGAGAGUAUUGUCGUAAACGAUCGAUGGGGAAAGGGGAUUCCCUACAAUCACGGAAGUUUUAUUACUGGGAACGAUGGUUACAUGCCGGGGAAACUGCUGACAAAAAAAUGGGAAUGCUGCAGUUCUCUAAUUCGGGGAAGUUUUGGAUACCGGAGGAAUCUGAGGGUAAGGUCUGAUGUAUAUAUAUAUAUAUAUGACGCAAGCGUUGCAGAGUGGUGAUGUCGAAACAUCAAAAGAAACGAUUGAUAAAUUUGUAAAGAUCUUGGCCUGGGGAGGGAAUCUUCUUCUGAAUAUUGGCCCUGAUCAGUAUGGGAAUAUCCCGGCAAUCCUGGAAGAGCGACUGCAGGAGGUCGGAGCCUUUGUAAAUGCCAACAGCGAGGCCAUCUACGGAUCUAAGCCAUGGAUUUAUCAGAAUGACACUGAAAAGAUUUGGUAUCGGUCGCUUUAAUUUUCAAUUUUAUUAAUUCCAGGUACACUAGUAAACUUACGACUAAAGUUAAAGGGUUUGAUCAUUUCAACCCUCAGAUUGAAGGAAAUACAAUCAUAUAUGCAUUUUUAUUGGAUUGGGAUAAAGAGGUUCAAUUGAAAUCUGUGAAAUCUGCACAAAAUGUAAGCACAAGUUUGAUGAUAAAAGAUUUAAUAGAUAAAAGUGACCUUACUUGGAACUGGCAUCGCUCUCAAUAGCACUGUAAAAGAAGGAGUUCUUACGGUGACUUUACCGCCAGAAAAGAAGUUUCCACAUCGAGAUGCCAUUGUCCUGAAGAUUGAAAAUGCUGCCAAUGAUGCGGUAAUUGCAAAAAAAAUUAUUUUUAUUUCACUUUCAGUUCCAUCCUCAACUAAUGGACUAA